AUGGCCCGCCUGCCCGGUCUUCGAAGAGAACAGCUGGUGCGCCAUGGCCAAGAUCACAGCGUGAUGGUGCCUAGCUUCUGGGUGACCGUCAAUGCCAUCUCUGUGGAAACCCCACGCAAUGCUCUCCGGGCUGCCCGGGGCAAGAGCGUUACCCUUCCGUGUACCUACCACACUUCUAUCUCCGACCGAAAUGGAUUUAUUGAAUGGAACAAGCUUCUACGGAGUCACACGGAAAAGGUGCUCAUCUGGACACUUUGGACCAAAACCCUCAUCUACGGUAAACGUUAUGAGAACCGAGUCAACAUCUCUGACAACUCGGGGCACUCAGACGCGUCCGUCACUAUCGACCAGCUGACCAUGGAUGACAACGGCACCUACGAGUGCUCAGUCUCACUGAUGCUAGACCUGGAAGGCACCUCAAAGUCACGUGUCCAGCUGUUAGUCCUCGUCCCGCCCUCCAAACCAGACUGCGGCAUCGAGGGGGAGACCGUGAUUGGGAACAACAUCCAGCUGGCCUGCCAAUCAGAGGAGGGCUCUCCUGCCCCCCAGUACAGCUGGAAGAGCUACGACAUCCAGAACAAGGAGCGGCCCACCCCGCCAGUCACAGGCCAGACUCUCUCUCUGAAGAACAUCUCCACAGAUAUGUCAGGCUAUUACAUCUGCACCUCCAGCAACGAGGUGGGGACGGAGUCCUGUAACAUCACCUUGGCUGUCAGACCUCCCUCCAUGAACGUGGCCUUGUACGCGGGCAUCGCGGGGGGCCUGGCCGCGGCCAUCGUCCUCCUCGGCGUCGCCAUCUACUGCUGCUGCUGCCGGGGCGAGGCUGGGGACACGAAGCCGGACCGGGUGGCCUACGUGAAGCCUCCGGAGCAGACGGGGAGGGAGGAGGAGGAUGGCGACCGGAUAGAAGACCGGAGGAGCUACGGGCGGGAGUCCCCGGGCCUCGCCGACCGCUGA